AUGACGAUUUAUUGUGAAAACAUUUGCCGUUUGUGUUUAGCAGAGAAAGAGCCGCACUUUAUCGAACUGAAAAAAGAUGACCCACUGUUAACGACUAUAUUUAAUUUAACAUCGCUCGAGGCCUUUCCAAGUCAAAUGGCAUCCGUUGUUUUAUGUGAAGAGUGUCGUCAAUUGCUGUUGCAGUAUGAUCAGUUUCGGGAAACAUGUUUGCAGAACAAUGAGGUAUUUCUAGCCACAUUGGAGAGCGACAAAUGCGUUGGAAUAGUUGGUAUUAAAGACGAAUUUGCCGAGAACAUACAAGUGGUGAUAAUAGAAGAAGCUGAUGAUGAACUAAAAUUUAACCAUGAUGAGUCUCCAAUGCUUGAAAACGAACAAAAAGUUGUCCAAAAAGAUCCCAAAAAGCAUGCCAGAACACGCGCUGAAUCCAAAGCUGUGGAAAAAGCUAGUAGAUUAGCUAACAAAGCUAAUCAGAAAAAUAACGUUAAACCCAAGCCCACCUUUUGUGCGUCUACUUCGAACCGUUAUCUACCGUGUGAACAGUGUGGAAAGAUGAUUCGUAGAAGCAACAUGAGGAAGCACCUGGAAACGCACAACCCCAAACCACCGCAGCUGUGCUGUUCGCACUGUGGAAAGAAGUACAAGGAUUCGAAUCUGUUAAAGGUGCACAUUAACAGCCACCAUACGUUCGAGCGGAAGUAUGAGUGCAAGGAGUGUGAUAAGAUAUACUUUCGACCUAAUUCGCUACGGGAACAUAUCUAUGCGAAGCAUUCGGAGGUGAAACGGUUCGAGUGUGAUGAGUGCGGUAUGAAAUUUACCAAUUUUUCUAAGAAGACCUACCAUUACAUUACGGCACAUACGGUAGCGAAGCCAUUUUCCUGUCAAUAUUGCGACAAAGCAUUCAAACUAAAGAGUGACUUCACGCUGCACGUUCGAACGCACACCGGGGAGAAGCCGUUUUCCUGUGAUAUAUGCGGUAAAAAGUUCAACAAAAGCUACAACGUGGUCAUUCACAAGAAAUCUCAUAGGAACGAUGAGAGCAAGCCUGUUCCAAGUAAAGAUAAAACAAAAACAUAG